AUUCUGGCCGUUACUGCUGGAUCGGGCUGGAGAGAGAGUCGACUGGCCACUUCCGGUGGACAGAUGGAUCAGCUUUCAGCUACAACAACUUCCACUCUGGUGAGCCAGACAAUUACAACAAUGAGGAGGGUUGUGCGCUGAUGCCCUUGCAUGACUCUAACUAUCCUAACGGCCUGUGGAGCGACAAGAAGUGCGUGGCUCAUUACGAUCUCUCUUACUUCGUGUGCAAGAUGUCCGGGUCCUCACAGACACACACCAGUGCACCUGUCGUCACAAACCCGCCAAGUCAAACGCUUACUUCUGGCACACACAAGUUGUAUGUACAAGGGACAAACCUGAUGAUGGACGGACAUCGUGUCUUUUUGUCCGGUACUAACCAACCGUGGGUUGCAUACGCCUAUGAUUUUGGGAACCACCAGUAUGCCUCGAGAAAGACUAAAUUUGAGCAGGCUCUACAACAGGUCCAUCAGGCUGGAGGAAACUCUAUAA